UUUGCGCGGAUCUGACAGCCCUUGUAAAGGCCGGCUGGAGGUGUAUCAUGGCGAUAAGAAGCAGUGGGGCUUGGUGUGUCAUUACGGGUGGAGUAAGGAAAAUGGAGAGGUUGUGUGUAAAUCAAUAGGGUGUGGGAAUCAUACACGCUCUGAUGUAGACAUGACCCUCUACACAGAUCCACCUCUGCCCCAACAAUACUGGAUGGAUCAAGUGAAAUGCACAUCUAAAGAAGAGAGCCUUUGGGAAUGCCCUUAUGUUGGCAUCAGUAACAAUGAAAAGUGUGAUGAAAAUAGUUUUGUUGCUGUUGAAUGCUCGGGAGAAGUUAAACUGAGUUUGAAUCUGAAUGGACAGCGUGAUGUAUGUGCUGGUGUGGUGGAGUUCUCAACAGCCAACGGCAUCAUUGGGGUCUGUAAUGAUAGCUGGGCAAACAAGAUAUGUCAGGAGCUUGGUUGUGGAGAUCUUCAUUACAUUCCCAAGCCUGGAAUGUUCAAAGAACAACAGAGCAAACGAAAUGUAUUGCUUAAUUGUGUUGGCAAUGAGACGUUCUCUUGGCAGUGUAUGGAGUGGUCAGACUGCCGGGAGCGAGCCAGUGUGAUCUGCAGCAAUCACACGAGGUUCAGUCUACGAGAUGGCAGCAAUGCUUGCUCUGGGUUGGUGCAAGAGAAAAUUGUGAAACAAAAUCCAUGGAAUCCUGUUCAGUCAGCAAAUGUGAAGCCUGAAGUCAUCUGUCCACAACUGAACUGUGGUUCUACUGGAAACUUUACAAAAGGAACUAACAUACUGACCUGCUCAGACCGCGUGAAACUCCACAAUUUCACAGCAGAGUGUUUUGGAGAUGUUUCCAUUGAUGUGAAUGGUAGUAACUAUGAAGUGUGCUACAGUGAUCAGGAUUCGAUUCAGUCCCGUAAAAAGAUGGGGGCGGUGGUCUGUCGAGAGCUUGGCUGUGGUGAGAUAGUGCUCGUGGAACAGGGCUCCAAAACUUCUAAUGGUUUUCUGAGUAAUGUUGUUUGUCAGGGCGAUGAACGGUCACUGUGGCAUUGUCUGGCAAUUCAUGAGAAAAAAACAUGCACGGGAACCAAAGUUAUAUGUUCAGGCAGCUUGGAUGUGCGUUUGAGUGACGGUCUGGGUCGCUGUUCUGGACGUGUAGAGGUGAAAUGGGAAGGCUCAUGGAGGCCCAUUAUCUCUGAAAGGAACACUAUUAAUUCAGACGUGGUGUGUCAACAUCUAAACUGUGGUGCAUCCUCAAAAAUAAAUAGACAACUUUUCACUGAAGGAGAAAAGACACUGGAAUGGCUGAGGGAUGUCAGCUGUAACUCUUCAGCAAAGCUCCAUGAGUGUUUCGAGAAUACUGGCUUGAGGACACCACGUCAAAACGAGAAAAAUAUAGAAAUCAUUUGCCAACAGGAAGAACUGAAGUUCUUUGAAGGCAAAUCUCCAUGCAAGGGAAAAGUGCGCAUCAAGCAAUUUGAUGGUAAGACUGUCUGGCUGUCUGCAAUACCAGAGGAAGAGAAUAAGAAAAAAGCCAAUGACACAUGCAAAGCAAUGCAGUGUGGAACUCUGCUCUCCUUUGAACCAGAGCAAAACACCACAGAUGAUGCCAAAGUCACAUGUUCAGGGUCAAAGACAGAGGAGCCUCGAGUGGCACUUCAAAACUCGCUUGGAGAAAAAUGCUGGGGAAUGGUGAAGGUCUGUGGAGAUGGCAAGUGUGGAGGGGUUUGCAGCAACACUUGGAGAACAGAUGAAGACUCCAAAAUGAUCUGUGGGAACCUGGGCUGUGGAAAUCCAAUUCAAGCCCAGUUACCACGUAAACCUCCAAAAAUUAUGCUCUCAAACAAUUGCACAGGCGAGGUGCUCAUAGAUAAAGAGCAUGUUUGUGCAUCCUGGUGGGAUGAUGGGAUGUCCAACAAGUUAUGUGACAGCCUCAAUUGUGGUAAGGCACUCUACAGCUGGACCACAGAGUCCAGAGAAAAAAAUACCUGGCAUUUCAGCUGCACAGGCAUAGAGACAUCGGUGUGGCAGUGUGGCUCUAGAAAAGACAGCUGUAAGAACAUCCUCUCUGUGGCCUGCAAAGGUUAUACUCCAAAAGGAAGUAAUUCUUCAGUAGGUCUGAUAUUGGGUCUGUUAGGAGCUGUGCUGGGGUUGCUGAUUUUGUUUUUAAUGUGGAGGAAUCGGAAACGUCUACUUUUAGCCUUAAGAUAUUACAGAAAUAAAAAGGGCAAAGACGUCAACCCAGAUGUGAAUGAAAUGGAUAAGAUGGAUACAGAGGACAAAGGUUUUUCUGAAGAAAAGGCAUCGUUUUCAGAUAAUGAUGACUACCAGGAUGUGGAUUCUCUCAUGGACAAGUCAGGAGAGGAGGAUGAAGAUGACAGAAAAAGGGAUUCUUCUGGGACAGAAUAUGAUGACAUUGAGGGACAAGCCAAUGGAAUCUCUCCUUCUCAGACCCACCAUGAUGAAGACCUCGACAUCCCUCUCCUUCCCAAGAGACCCGAGAACAUUUUUGAUCAGGACACCUAUGAAGUGGAGACAGAGAAACAGGAGGACUAUGAUGAUGUCAUACCUGUCAAUGCUGCAGCCAAUGAAAAUGCAGGCAUGACAGGCACACGAGCACAUGUAGAUGUAGACAUGGAUGAAGGUGCAGAUUCAGAUUUAGAUGCUGGUCUAUUUGCAAAAGCUGAUACGGAUAUGUUGACCACAGAGGUAGAAGUUCACGCUCAAGCAGAGUAAUAAAGCAGCCAUGAGACCAAAUUGUUAUUUUAAGUUAAUAUUAAUAAGAGAUAAGAUUGUAUGUUCUUAUGACAGUGGAAUAUUUGGAAGAAAAUAUGGAUAAACAAAUGCUGUUUAAUAAUGAUGCUAUCUCUCAAGAUUUCUCUCAAGAUGUAUAAAAGAAGCGACGCAAACACAAACCUGAUUUGGAACAACAAAAUAUUUAAUUAUCGUCACAAGAGUGUAUAAACUGAAGAAAAGCUAAUUUUUGUACUGAUAAACCAGUCAAACUUUUUGUAGUUCUUAAGGUUUUGAUGUGUAGUUUUGAUCUGUUUGUUCCUGCUUUGCUUGUAUUUUUUGUUUUUG